AUGAAAUUAUUUGUGUGCUUGUUGGCUAUCAGCUCAGUGGUUAACGCUGGCUAUAUUGGCGGUGCUGGCGGCGGUGGACAUGGAGAUCAUCAUGGCGCUGGCGGUGGCGACAACAUUAAGAUCAUCAAAGUGAUACACGAAACGGCGCCGGCAGGCAAUCAAGGCGGCGGCUGGCAAGCUGCAGGAGCUGGUGGAGAUUCUGUUGGCUGGUCCGCUGCUGGUGGGCAAGCUGCUGGCUGGUCGCAAGGCGGCGGCUCCUCCGGUCAUGGCGCCUCACAGAAUCAAGAGAUUAAGAUAAUCAAGAUUAUCACACAGCAGCCUCAAGCUGGCGGUCAUGGUGGACAUGGUGGAGCUAGCAGUGGCUGGUCAGCUGGCGGCUCUGGCUCCUCGGGCUGGUCAUCUGGUGGUAAUGAUGCCACUACUGCUGUUAAAAUCAUUAAAAUUAUCUCGGAGAGCGCUGGUGAUGCAGGCGACUCCGCCGGCUGGUCCUCAGCGGGUCCCUCCAAUGGCGGCUGGUCGUCUGGUGGUCCUUCAAGCGAUGGCUGGUCCUCCCAGGGUGGUGGCGCCAGCGGCGGUUGGUCCUCCCAGGGCGGUGGCGCCAGUGGUGGUUGGUCAUCCCAAGGCGGUGGCUCCAGCGGCGGUUGGUCCUCGGGCGGUGCUCAGUCAGGCGGCUGGUCCCCUCAGGGCGGCAAUGGCGGCAGCUGGUAG